AUUCCUCAUACCCGGAAAACUCCCAAACCAACAGACAAUCAAACGUCUCCCCGUUCAUUCUUACACUAACCAAUAAUAUAUAGCCUUCAAUUCUCAGGCAGUUUCUCUUCUGAUCGGAGAUAUAUAUAAUAUCUAUAUUCAUCGAUGGCGGGGGAGGAAGAUCCGAGUGUUUUGGUGGUGGAUGAGGCGUACGAGUUCUCCGCUCCUCGGUUCUAUGACUUCGUCCGCGGCGAGACUGGAGAGGACGCUGAAAAGGCGGAACUUUGGUUCGAAUCCGCACGCAGCUAUGCUCCUUCUCCUUUGAUGCCGAGGAUAAAGGCAAAUAGAUUCGCCAAGCUUGAGAGUCUGUGUGAUUUGACUGAAGGAGAAGAGAUGAAGAAGGGCCAAGAUUCACUGUCAUCUUCUGUCGCAUCCGCACACACUCCAAGUGAAACAGGAUUGGUGCCAACAGACCAAACGAGGACUCAAUUUGAGCCUGAACCAGUUCAACUUCAGGAAGAAAUGGCUGAUCAUCUUGUAGUUAAAGAACCUGAUUUGGCACCAUGUGACACGCAGCCUGUUGUUGUUCCAGAGAAGCCAUCCUCUCUACAAGGAGCAUGCACACCUCUACCACCUAAAGCAACUUCUCGGAAGGCAGUUCAGCAGAGUGAUGCGGAGAAGCUCCUGUCGGCCAAGAAGAUAGCAAGCAUUAUUAGGAAUCCUUCUGUAUUAAAGUCAAAGACCCAAUCACAGAUGAAAAGUAUCAAUCCAGUUAGCGCAAGAAGGAACACAAACAUGAAAAUGACUUCAGAGACUCCAAAUUUUGUUCAAGAAAAUCAAGCUAUAAAGAGGCAAAAACUGGAAGGGGGGAAAUCUAGACAGAUCCUAAACAUCAAACCCCUAAACUUGCCUCACAAGUCAAGACCCGGUAUGCCUAGCAGCAAUAUCAAAGCACAUCCUCAUACUGCUACUUCAUGCAGAGAAAACAGAAAGAUUUAUGUUCGAGAACCAGUGGCCCCAUUUGUUUCAAUGGCGGAAAUGAUGAACAAGUUCCAGUCCAAUACUAGGGACAUGUCACUGCCACACACGAGUUGUGUAAUGCCACAAGAUGGUGUGGCUGGAUCAGUGCAAAGGAAGCCUAAGCUUACACUUACAAGGCCUAAAGAACCUGAACUUGAAACAUCCCAUCGUUACCGUCCUGUAAAACUAAAGAGUUCGGCGGAGUUAGAGGAAGAAAUGAUGGCAAAAAUUCCCAAGUUUAAGGCUCGNCCCCCCCCCCCCCCCCCCCAAAAAAAAAAAAAUAAUAAUCCCUCCCUCCUUUGUAUCACUGCACCCCAACUUCCAGAGUUUAAGGAGUUUCACCUUGAAACAAUGGCAAGGGCCAAUCAAAAUGCAGACACAUCUAGCGUGGCUUCGGCAGAACUCAACAAUCAGUGUCGUCAAUCGAAGCCACCACAUCCUAAAGCUCCCAAAUCACCCAUUCUCCAAACCAUGAUGCGGGCACGGCCUCCUAAGAUAAAAACUUCUGAAGAACUCGAAAUCGCAGAACUUGAAAAAGUUCCCAAGUUCAAGGCAAGACCAUUGAAUAAGAAGAUCUUUGAAAGUAAAGGGGAUGUUGGGGUAUUUUGCAACACAAAGAGGCAGGUGACUGUGCCAGAAGAGUUUCACUUUGCUACAGAUGAAAGGAUCCCACCAACACCAGCAAAUGUUGCUGAUAUAUUUGACAAGCUGUCACUGAACUCAGAACCUCAUAAUGACAAAUAUGUUCCUAGAAAUACCAUGCCAAAUCCUUUCCAUCUACACACAGAGGAGAGAGGGGCAGAGAAAGAAAGAAGGUUGUUUGGAGAACUUCUGCAGAAACAGAUUGAGGAAGAAAGGGCCAGACUUCCAAAAGCAAACCCUUAUCCCUACACUACUGAUUACCCUGUGAUUCCUCCCAAACCAGAUCCCAAACAGUGCACAAGACCAGAACCUUUUCAAUUAGUGAGUCUGGUGAGGCAUGAACAUGAAAUACAGAGAGAGAUGGAAGAAAGGCAAAGAUUAGAGAAGGAAGAGGCCAUGAUGAGAAUAUUCAAAGCACAACCUGUCUUAAAAGACUGCGAUUGCAGGGACCCUAUUCCAGUUCCCGAGAAAACGCGUAAGCCCCUCACUCAGAUUCAGGAGUUCAACCUGCACAUGGAGCAUCGUGCGGUGGAUAGAGCCAAAUUCGAUGAGAAGAUCAAGGAGAAAGAGGUUAUAUAUAAGAGGUAUAGAGAUGAAGCAGAUUCUGCGAGGAUGAUGGAGGAGGAGAAGGCUUUGAAACAGCUUAGGAGGACUUUGGUCCCACAUGCAAGACCAAUCCCCAAGUUUCAUCAACCAUUCCAACCUCAAAAAUCAUCCAAACAGGUGACGAUACCGAAAUCACCAAAGCUAGAAGUGCUUAAAAGAAAAGAGAUUCGAAAGUUUCAUCCCAAAACAGCAUCAGCUACUUCAAGCACUGCAUCUAAGAUGAGGUGAAAAUGUGAACCAAAGUGAGAGAGGCUUGUAUUGUAUGUUCAAGAAUCCUUGAAAGGAAGGCAUCUGUUGUAGGUCUACUCAGUUUAUAGUAUAUGUUGUGUUAUUUUUGUAUAUUUUUUUAACAUCUAAAGGGUUUUAUUCAUUCGUUUAUUUUACUGAUGAAAGUGUGAAUGAAACAAACUAGUCUCACACUC